AAAAUGGGAGACGGGUCGGAAAGGACGUCGCUGGCUUCUUGUGGUCGACCCGAGGAACCGCGGGGUCUGGGGUCGUCCACCGCGUGAGCAGGGGCGGUAACUACUGCCGUUAGAUGGCCCGGAGGGUAAAUGGGACCGGUCGGGCCGGCAGUCGUUGCGUCGAAUGUCCUGAAAAGUCUUGGCCCCGGGAUCGGCUCCUCUGGAGAUGCAGCAAGAGCAGCGAAUUACAAAUUCUCUGAGGCCGAGCAGGGAGUGAGGGAGUUCACGGCCCCGGGGAUGAGCGAAAUCGCCAGCAGAAGCAGCGCGAGAGGAAAUUGUUACGAGGUCGACGUACAUUUUGCACAUCACCGACGGGCCGAAGCCGCAAUUUCGCGGAUUUUGGAGGCCGGGGAGGGAAGCGGCAGUGGGGUGAGGUGAGGAGAGGUGAGGUGAAGUGGUGGAGAGGAGAGGAGAGGAGAGGGGGAGUGGAGGAGAGCUGCAGAGGCAGGACGAAGAGGAGCGAGUUGGGGGACAAUGGCCCCCGAAGAGCGGGGCAGGAGGAGAUGGAGGAGUAUGGCGAGUUUGCCCGUCGUUUUGAUCGUAUUGUGCUUACUGCGGCCUGCGAAUGGUGCCGUUUUCAGCAUAGAUCUAGGUUCGGAAUGGAUGAAGGUCGCGGUGGUCAAUCUCAAACCCGGGCAAGCUCCGAUCGCCAUUGCGAUCAACGAAAUGUCCAAAAGAAAGUCGCCGGCGUUGGUCGCCUUCUCGAAUGGUGAUCGGCUGUUGGCGGAAGAAGCUGCUGGGAUUGUUGCCCGGUAUCCCGAGAGGGUGUACUCCCGGGUGAGGGAUAUGAUUGGUAAGCCAUUCGAGUCCGUGAAACAGACCCUGGAUGCGAGUUACCUCCCCUUUGACGUGAUCAAGGAUGACAGAGGUGCUGUCAGUAUUCGGACGCACGAUAAGCAGUCGGUCUUCAGAUCAGAAGAAUUACUGGCCAUGGUGCUGAGCUACGGUCGUGAUUUGGCUGAGGCGCAUGCCAAAGGGGUUAUCAAGGAUGCGAUUAUCACCGUGCCGCCUUACUUGGGGCAGGCGGAGAGACAGGGCAUUCUUGAUGCGGCACAAAUUGCAGGAAUUACUGUCUUGGGGUUGAUAAACGAGCAUUCGGGUGCCGCCUUACAAUACGGUAUCGACAAAGACUUCGGUAACGAAACCAAACAUGUCGUCUUUUACGACAUGGGAGCAAAUAGCUUGUACGCAGCUGUGGUGUACUACUCUGCUUACUCUGGCAAAGAACGGGGCAAAACUACUUCGUUCAACCAAUUUCAGGUGAAAGGUAUUAGAUGGGAUGCUACACUCGGUGGACAAACUAUGGAGGCGAGACUCGUGGACUAUUUUGCCAAAGAAUUCAAUGCUCAAGUAGGAAUGUUCUUUGACGUCCGCAAGCAUCCAAAAGCCAUGGCAAAGUUGAAGAAACAAGUGAAGCGAACGAAGGAGAUAUUGAGUGCAAAUACCGAAGCUCCUCUAUCAGUAGAAGCUCUCCACGAUGAUCGUGAUUUCAGGAGUACAAUCACCAGGAAAAAGUUUGAGGAGCUCUGCAGUGAUCUUUGGGAACGUGCUCUGAACCCACUCAAAGAUGUGCUUGCGGAUGCGGGCCUGAAGGUAGAAGACGUGAAUGCGGUUGAACUGAUCGGUGGGGCUACACGGGUGCCCAAGUUACAGGCUGUUCUUUCUGACUUCUUGGGGAAGAAGAAUCUAGAUAGGCAUCUUGACGCAGAUGAAGCUGUGGUUUUGGGAGCGUCUCUACAAGCUGCAAAUCUAAGUGACGGCUUCAAGCUCAACCGCAAGUUGGGGAUGAUCGAUGGUGCUUCUUACAGUAUCUUAAUGGAACUGGAUGGUGCUAGCCCAGGAGCUUUGGAAAAUGUGGAUAAUGUGUUGGUCCAUCGCUUGAAGAAGAUCCCUAGUAAAGCGUAUCGUGCUCUGAAAAACCAAAAGAGUGAUUUCAAAGUAGCACUGAAGUAUGAUGCUACUUUGUUACCACCUGGAGUCAUUUCUCCAGAGGUUGCCACGUACCAGAUUACAGGAGUUGCUGACGCAGCUAACAAAUAUGCUUCAUAUAACGUGUCUGCUCCUCUGAAAACUUCUCUCCAUUUCUCCUUGAGCCGAAGUGGUGUAAUCUCUCUGGACAAGGCUGAGACCGUUGUGGAAAUCUCGGAAUGGUACGAGGUUCCUGUAGCUAAUGCAACGACUGAUGUCAAUGCUACCGUUGAAGCGAAGUCUACCGAAGAAGGCGCAGGUUCACCUGAAGAAGCGAAGGAUGAGGAGGUCAAGCUGUCAAGUGAAGAAGUGAAGCAAACGCAGGCUGAUAGCUCACCUGAAGCUGGCGACGUGAGUGGUGUAUCGAGUGAAGGCGAGCCGUCCAAGGAUAGUCCUGUUGCCGAACCCGUAGUGAAGAAGAAACUUCGCAGAAGAACUAUUAGAAUUCCGUUGAAGAUCAAGGAUCUUAGUAAGGGACCGAAUAUGCGCCUCUCGGAGAAGGAUAUUAAGGAGGCUGUAGCACGUAUGGAAAAACUUCAUCUAAAGGAUGCAGAGAAAAGAAAGACAGCAGAGGCCAAGAACAGUUUGGAAGCAUAUAUUUAUGCUACCAAGGACAAGUUGGAAUCAUUGGAAGGUAUUGAAACAGUUUCUACGGAGGAGCAGCGGGAUAGUCUACGGGCUGAGCUUAAUGAGGCAGAAGAUUGGCUGUACACGGAUGGUGAGGAUGCCACAGCUGCGGAGUUCAAGAAAAAGCUGGAUGGUCUCAAGAAAAGUGGCGAUGCCAUAUUCUCCAGGUUAGACGAGCUCAUUGCCAGACCCGCUGCAGUUUCCGAGGCACGGACUUAUCUUAAGACAAUCACCGAGACUCUUGAAGAGUGGGAGGAAAGUAAACCGUGGAUACCAGUGAAGAGCAAAGACGAUGUGCGAAAGGAGGUGGAGUCAUUGAGGCAGUGGCUGGAUGAUAUGGAAAGCAAGCAAUCCAAGCUUUCCGGACAUGUCGAGCCAGCUUUCACAUCGGAUCUUGUGUAUACGGAAGUGAGCCGAUUGAGAGGCAAAGUGCUUUUAUUAAGUAAGUUGCAAAAGCCCAAGCCUAAGGUUGAGAAGCCGACAGAGAAUAUUGAAGCCGAAACAAAACCUUCUGAGUCCUCUCAGGUGGAUGACACAGCGAAGCAAGAAGAGAAGAUUGAGGAGACUGUACCACAAGGAGAAGGUGCAGAAAUGAAUCAAGAGUCGAAGCCGACAGAACAUGAUGAACUUUAGAUGACUCUGUUUAUGAAAUUUAUUGCUGACGCUCUCUUCCCGGCAUAUCUAAUUGGAAAGUUUAGAGAAACUGCAGACCACCUCCUCCCAACGAGUUUUGUACCGAUUGCGUGACGGGGAUUUUUUGAGGAAGGAAGGUUUGAACGCCCUCGGCUUCAAUAUGUUUCUGAGGUGCAUGGAAGUUAGCGCGCGUUUAUAUUUGAUGAUAUACUCUCCUGGCUGGUCAAACCCGCUGGGAUCUUUCUGGUAGUAGGCAUGUACGAUUCUAGUUUAGGAACUCCAAAGUCCCACAAGGGAUGAGAUAUCAUAAUUGCAAUUUAUCAGCAUGUUUAAACAAUCAAGC